AUGGAGGCUAAUCUACGCAGUACGCCUAAUUAUGCUCUAAAUGCAGUUGCAGGCCUUUGGGUUAUUUGGCUUGCAAGGAAUGAGAUGGUUUGGAAUGGCAAUGCUUGGCCACUUUCGAAACUGCUGAAGGAUAUUAAUGAAUUGGUGAAGCUCUGGACAGACACGUAUGUGAACUCAGACUCACACAGGAGUCCCCGGCCUUCAUGCUCUACCCACAUUCUGCACCGACAGCCGAGGUCCAUCUUACGUUGCAACGUCGACGCGGCAUUGAAGGGGGAGGACGUAGGAUACGGAGCAGUUAUCUGUGCCCACACCGGUCAAUUUGUCGCUGCCCGCAGUGGUAAACUCUCUUGUGCACCAAUUCCUUAUUUGGCGGAGACGAUGGCGGUGAAAGAAGCUCUCUCAUGGCUCAAGAGUAGAUCCAUCCGGGAAGUCAUCAUCGAAACAGAUUGUCAAGCUUUUUGUAUUAGUUACAAUUCUGGACUUCUAGAUUUAUCGUAUGUUGGUUUAGUUGUAAAGCAAUGUCAAUCCAUUGCUAGGGACGUUGGGAACGUUCAGGUUCGCCAUGUCCGUAAGUCAGGGAACCAUGUGGCUCACGCGCUGGCGAGGGCGACUGUUUCGUUAUCUGUCCUUGGUGUGUGGGAUGACCACCCGCCUUCUUGUAUCGCGCAUUUGAUUUAA